GAAAUAAAAUUAAAAACAACAUUUUAAAUUAAUAAUAACAAUAAUUUGCUUAAUAUGGAUAUGAAUUCAAAUGAAUUCCGUGAGUUUGGCCAGGCUUCCAUAGAGUUUAUUAUAAAUUAUUUGGAAAAUAUAAGGGAACGCAAUGUUCUACCCACUACCACUCCCUUUUCGCUGGUCCACAGUCUACCCCAGGAAAUACCCGAACAAGCCGAACAUUGGAAAACUAUAUUGCACGAUUUAGAACAUAUUAUUUUGCCAGGUCUGGCUCACUGGCAAUCACCACAUUUUCAUGCCUACUUUCCGUCUUCAUCGUCGGCGGGUUCCAUAAUUGGGGAAUUACUUAUAGCUGGUAUAGGCGCUUUGGGUUUCAACUGGAUUUGCAGUCCUGCUUGCACUGAACUUGAAGUUGUUGUCAUGGAUUGGUUGGCGAAAUUUCUUAACUUACCCCAACAAUUUCUUCACACCACUGAUGGUCCCGGUGGUGGUAUAAUUCAGGGUUCCGCCUCGGAAUCAGUACUAGUUGCUGUUAUAGCGGCCCGAGAACAAACCGUCAGACGUAUGAAAGAGAAACAUCCCGAAAUGACAGAAAGUGAGAUAAGAGGCAAGUUGGUGGCCUAUUCUAGUGAUCAAAGUAACAGUUGCAUUGAAAAGGCGGGCGUUUUGUCCGCAGUACCCAUACGAUUGUUGCCGGCUGGAGAGGAUUUGAUAUUUAGAGGAGAAAUGUUGCAACAAGCCUUAGACGAGGAUUUGGCCAAAGGUUUGAUACCUAUAAUUUGCAUUGCCACUUUGGGUACAACCGGCACCUGUGCAUACGAUGACAUCGAGUCAUUGGGUAAAAUUUGUAAUCAACAUGAUUUGUGGUUACAUGUUGAUGCUGCCUAUGCUGGCGCUGCUUUUGCCUUGGAAGAGUGUUCCGAACUGAGAAAUGGCCUGGAAAUGGUUGAUUCCUUAAACUUCAAUUUACACAAAUUCCUAAUGGUGAAUUUUGAUUGCAGUGCCAUGUGGUUAAAGGAUGCCAAUAAAGUGGUGGACAGUUUUAAUGUUGAUCGCAUCUAUUUGAAGCACAAAUAUGAAGGCCAAACACAAAUUCCCGAUUUUAGACAUUGGCAAAUACCAUUGGGUAGACGUUUCAGGGCUCUUAAAGUAUGGAUUACCUUCCGUACUAUUGGAGCCGAAGGCUUAAGAGCCCACAUACGCAAGCACAUGGCAUUGGCUGAGAGAUUUGAAAAUUAUGUCUUAUCAGAUGCCCGCUUUGAGUUGGUAACCAAGAGAGCCCUUGGUUUGGUUUGUUUCAGACCCAUAGGCGAUAAUAAACGUACCACAGAUCUGCUGCAUAAUCUUACGGAACGUAAGAAAAUCUACAUGAUCCAGGCCAAACAAGCGGGUAAACAUUUCUUACGUUUUGUUGUUUGCGGCAUGGAUCCAAAGGAGCAAGAUAUCGAUUUUGCUUGGAGGGAAAUACAAUCUCAAAUGGAUUUUGUUGUAGAGCAAGAACUUUUAACAUCUGUUAAGGCAGACAUCGACUCAAUUAGUAAACACAUAACCUCAGAUUUACAUAUAAGUGCAGUAAUGGAUUCUGAAAAGUCCAAGUAAAUUUUAGUAUGUAUUUGUAAGGUUUUUUUUUUAAUUUAUUUUAAUAAAAAGUUAUAAAAAAUC